UCUGCAAGUCCACAGGCCAGAAACAUGGAGAGGCAAAAAGAGAGGAAUAACACGACCAUUUCUUCUUCAUAUUGUGAAAUAUAUCAACAAAGUCCACGAAAAUCUGCCGUGGUUUUGUGGAGAAACUCUCCGACUCCGAGGAAAAAGUUGAGCCCGACGAAGAGGAAAUCCGGCCUGAUUCAACCGGAAGUGACCCCCAGAAGGAGGAGCCCCCCGAAACGGUCAGAGACGAUUCAGAUGAAGGUGUGGAGCAGCCAGUUACACCGACUAAAGAGGAAGACAGAGUCACUCAGAAAGAAGGACAAUGAAAUCAAAGAGAAAUAUAUGGAGAUCAGACGGAGAGCGAAGCGUGUGAUUUCCUCCACUGGAUUCUCUCUCGCGGACAGUGAAGAUGACGCUACUCCAAUAAAACGAGCGAAACUGUCCAGCUCCAUAAAGGACAGGACCGACAGAAAGCUUACCAAAGACAUUAAAAUGGAAUUCUCGACAAAACUGCAGGCAUAUAAACAUCCGUGGGCUUAUGAAGACCCCUGUGUCUUGCCUACAAAAGUGAAACGUGUGUCGGAGGAAAUAACGGAAGUGAACCACAUGUACUCCUCUCAUCUGUUGGACGUUCCUGGGAGACGGUAUAAAAUGCCCCAGAAACGCCACUGGUCGGGAUCCGACAUUCCGUCCGGAAGCGGAAAUGGCGACUCAUCCAUAUUUCCUAUUCCCUUCCCGAGGACUUUCCUGAAACAUGGAAAAAAGUGCACCAACUGCUGACAAAUUACGAACCAUUCAUUAAUUCUUAUAUAUUCUUAGAUAUUUAUUUGUUUAUAAUUGUUGAA